AUGUCGGUGAAGGCUAGAGCAACACAGCGAAUUCAGAAGGAACUCAAGGACAUGAAAUCCAAACACUCUUUGUACAGUAUUGGUAUAGAAACAAAAGGUACAGAAGAAACAAAUGUAUUCAAAUGGAAGACGACGAUUUACGGACCCCAGGGUACUCCCUAUGUUGGUGGCAUCUUUCAGAUCCGCAUUGAGUUUCCUAAUGACUAUCCUUUUAAACCACCCAAGUUUACUUUCGAAACUCGGAUUUACCAUCCAAAUAUCAAUUCUAAUGGAUCGAUUUGUCUUGACAUUCUUAAAGACAAGUGGACUCCUUCUCUCACCGUUGAAAAGGCGCUCCUAUCCAUAAGUGCACUAUUGGCGGCCCCAAACCCAGAUGAUCCUCUUGUACCUGAGAUUGGAGAGCAGUUUAAGAAUGAUAGAUUCAAAUUUGAUCAGACAGCCCGAAAAUGGACUGAACAAUAUGCUUAUAAUUAA